CCCUACCUGCUCCAGCAACUGCCUUCUCACGCUGCCGCACCGCAAGAAAACCUUAUUUAUGGUGGAAAAUUGACACAUUUGGACUUUUUUAGGACAAAGAAACAAGAAGAAAUGGUCAAUGUGAAUUCGCAAGUGAGUGCUCGACUAGAGAGGACUUACGACGCGUCCCCCACGGAGAGCUCCACCAUGAGCGGAGGUGGGGGGCACCUGGCAGUGGGCAGCCUGUGUGCCAUCUGUGGAGACCGGGCGACAGGGAAACACUAUGGGGCAUCCAGCUGUGACGGGUGCAAGGGCUUCUUCAGACGCAGUGUACGCAAGAACCACAUGUACUCAUGCAGGUUUAACAGACAGUGUAUAGUGGACAAAGACAAGAGGAACCAGUGCAGAUAUUGUCGGCUCAAAAAGUGCUUCAGAGCUGGAAUGAAGAAAGAAGCUGUACAGAAUGAAAGAGAUCGCAUAAGCACCAGGAGGUCCAGUUAUGAGGACAGCAGCCUUCCCUCCAUCAACGCCCUGAUCCAGGCCGACGUGCUCUCCAGACAGAUCACGUCUCCGGCCCCCAUCCUGAACGGGGACAUUAGGACUAAGAAACUGGCCUCCAUCUCAGACGUGUGUGAGUCCAUGAAGCAGCAGCUCCUGGUGCUGGUGGAGUGGGCCAAGUACAUCCCAGCCUUCUGCGACCUGCCCCUUGAUGAUCAGGUGGCACUGCUCAGAGCUCACGCAGGAGAACAUUUGCUGCUCGGAGCUGCAAAGAGGUCCAUGCUCUACAAAGACAUUCUACUAUUAGGGAAUGACCACAUAAUUCCGAGGAACAGUCCGGAGCUGGAGGUGGGGCGAGUGGCCGUGAGGAUCCUGGAUGAGCUGGUGCUGCCGUUUCAGGAGCUGCAGAUCGACGACAAUGAAUACGCCUGUUUAAAAGCCAUCGUCUUCUUCGACCCAGACGCUAAAGGCCUCAGUGACCCGGGGAAGAUCAAGCGCAUGAGGUACCAGGUCCAAGUCAGCCUGGAGGACUACAUCAACGACCGGCAGUACGACAGCAGGGGGCGCUUUGGAGAGCUGCUCUUGCUGCUGCCCACACUCCAGAGCAUCACGUGGCAGAUGAUCGAACAGAUCCAGUUUGUGAAGCUCUUCGGGAUGGCCAAGAUCGACAACCUACUGCAGGAGAUGCUGCUCGGAGGUUCUGCCUCUGAAGCCCCUCACGCCCCUCACUCACUGCACCCCCACCUGGUCCAGGAGCACCUCAACACCAACGUCAUCGUCAGCUCUCUGCCCACGCCCAUCCACAAUGGACAGAUCUCCACUCCCGAGACCCCGAUCCCGUCCCCUCCGGCCGCCUCCAGCUCAGAACACUUCAAAAUGGCUCCCGGCGUCAUAGCGACAGUUCCCAAGCAACCCACCUCCAUCCCCCAGCCGACCAUCACCAAGCAAGAGGCAAUCUGAAGUACACAAAUACUACGACAACUACUACUGCUACUACUGCCAAUACUGCAGAUACUACAAGCACUGGACACUGGAGUCAUUGUCAAAGUGCCCAAGCAGCCCAGCUCUACACGUGGCCAUCCCAUACAAGUACUACAACUACUGUCAAUGCUACUUCUAUAACAAAUACUACUACUGCUGCCAAUCUCCAGUACUGCCUUAAAUGGAAAUGCCGAAGGAUGGAAGAAGAAAUGAAUGCAUUAUCAUUAUAUAUGGGUUUUUUUUUAUAUUUCUUUUAAAAGACAAUAGUUUUCAAAAAGUAGAACAUACCGGUGUUCCUCUUUACAGUGGAACAGGAGCUAAAAUGUAUUUAUCAACUAUGAAAUCCACAAAUGUUAAUGAAAAACAGAACUAGUUUGCAGUGGUCCUAAGAUAUUCCUCAAUUACCUUAUGCAUUCAGAUCAUUUUAAUUAUUCACAGAGAUGAGUUUAUAAGCGCUUUUCACAACUUUCAGAGACCAGAGCGGAGUUUUGCCAUCACGGUAAUGGCAAUGCUGACAACAACUAGCAUGCUAACCUGCACUUCCUCAUCAUCGGACAGUAACAUGCUACUAAAUUCGAUGCACACAGCAGAUUUAUUUUGACCUCAAGAGCUGCUUAUGCCAUAAAUCUGUAUCUGUUGGGACAAAUUUUGCUCAAAUAAAUGGGUUAAAAUUGGGUUCAGGACUUUUUAAUAUAUGUUAUGACUGUAUUUGUGUUGUCGAUACAUUUGAUGAAAUAUUUCUAAAUGACGCCCAGAGACACUAAAUAUUUUUAAUAAUAACUAUUUUGUAUAUAAAUUUGCUUUUAGUUCCCAAAAAAAUGUGGGGUCUUUUUGACAUGGAGACUUUUCAUGUCUGCUUUCAGUGCGUGUUACAACUGGCCUUAUACAGUUUUAAAUGAAAGUGAAGAGGAUCAGUGGAGAUGUAACGAUAUCAUAAUGUGACUAAACAACAAAAAACUGCCUCCUGUGAGUUUUAAGACAUGUUAUAAUGCUGUCAGCGCCUCAAACCUGGAGUUGUGUUUUGUUUCAUUCACACAAGUUUGAGUGAAGGUGUAUAGAGUUUAAAACACAGUGGAGCACUUCCUGUAUUACCACAUGACAUCACAAAAUGGAACAGAGUGUUUAUUGUUUGAGAGAAGAACUCAGCCUAAAUAUUCAGUGUUUGUGUGUUAAACAUGUGAAUGAAACAAAACACAACUCCAGGUUUGUGAUGAGGAAACAUUAUAACAGAUCAGAAAAUAGUGUAAUAUGGGCCUUUAAAAGUUCACUGUGUUACUUUUCUGGUGGAGGGUCUGCCACCUGCUUAUCUCUUUGGAGAAUGAUGUUUUUUCUUUGUUUAGAAUGUUCCACUCUUAGGCUUUAGCUUAAUCCAUCUCCAAUGGGCUAAGUUACAGGUCAGAUCUGUGCAAAGGGGACUCUACUCACAGUAAGAAUGCAUGUUUUGAGCAAUACUAGACAAAAAUAAAAGCUUGUUGUUUUUUUUUAAUUUUUGGUUAUUGCACUGAAAAACGUGUAUCCUUACUGUGAGCAGGCUUGCAUCUCCACAAACCUGACUCUUACUUGGUGCUUUGGUGUCUACAAUAUUCCACAGUAUGGCAUAAAAUGUAUAUAUCUCCAUGGAGAAUGUUCUGAAGUAUGGUUUUAACUUUCUGUUUCCAUCAAACCCUGCAGAUGACGAGCUACCUCCAGAAAGUUACACAAUGUUGCUUUAAAUAACUUUAAUGCCAUACUUUUAUAAUAAUCUGUCUCUUCAUGUAUUUAUUUUAGACCAUGUCCACUCUCAUAGUAUCCACGGGCAAAGGCUAGUUACCAUCUCCAUGGAGACAAGCAGGUGGUCGAUCUUCCAUCUGAAAUGUUACAUAGUGCACUUUUAAUAUUUGUAAUUGGUGUUUUUAGGACUAAACGGGCUUAAGUUAGGGCUGAAUUACAGCUAAUGUGAAAGCAAUAUUAUACUCUGAAAAAGUCUAUUAUUGUUACAUCUCUACUAUUAAGAUGAUGCUCAGGAUUUUGACCCCAUAAAUUAAUUUUAGUGUUUUUUUUAAUAUUUUGUGUAAAUUUCCAGAGCUGUUUUGUGUUGUAAGUUUCAUAAUAAGUGUGGACAAUGUCAAUUUGAAUGCAGAAAUGCGACAUACUUUUGCUAUAUGAGAUGUUUGUAUGUCGGUUUAAGCCAGAAAUGCCUUCAGUUGUUACAUGAGAACUAGUAACUGCCACUUUGUAAGGAUAUAAAGACUUAUGUAGAAUUAUUCUGGUUUUAAAAAUACAUUCUAUUUUUUGUUUAGUACUUUUUGUGGUUGGUGGAUUGAAAUGUGCCUUGAAACUGCCUUACAAAGCGGGCCCAACAGCCCAACAAUGUGAAGUCGAGGUAAUAAACUGUUGGUAUAUUUUUA